AUGGCAGAUCCAGCCCUAACCCCAGCCGAGACCUCCCUAUACACCACCGCAAAAUACACUCCGGACUUUCAACCUACAUCCGAAGACGGUGGCCCUAAAGAUUUAUGUUGUUCAACAGAUGGUGCAAAGAAAAAUUUGGAGAAGGAUUCUUCUCCUGCGAAAAGUGAUGAACGAGAAUAUCUCAUCGGUCUCAAGCUUCUGUUCAUGCUUUCUGGGGUUACCUUGGUCUGCUUUUUGGUUAUGUUGGACACCUCCAUUAUUUCAACCGCAAUCCCUAGGAUGACCUCAGAGUUUCAUUCUCUUGGUGAUAUUGGAUGGUAUGGCAGCUCGUAUCAAAUGGCUAGUGCUUGCUUGCAGCCUCUCGCAGGUCGGGUCUUUUUUAACUUCAGCACCAAGUGGGUCUUCAUGGGUUUCUUCUUCGUCUUUGAACUCGGCUCUCUACUGUGUGGCAUCGCAAAUUCUUCCAAGAUGUUUAUUAUCGCUCGCGCAGUCGCUGGAAUGGGGUCUGCCGGCUUGAUGAACGGCGCUCUCACCAUCAUAUCGUCUUGUGUUCCACUGCACAAAUCUCCACCUCUUAUUGGGGUGAUGAUGGGUUUAUCUCAGCUUGGUACCAUUGGCGGGCCUUUGCUCGGGGGUGCUUUUACAGAGUAUUUAACCUGGAGAUGGUGCUUUUACAUCAACCUCCCGGUAGGUGCUCUGGUCGCGAUAUUUCUUUGUUUUAUCAAAAUCCCCGACCAGGUCGCCAAGCCUUCGGUACGAUUGGCGCUCGAUACAAUCCUUCAUAAGCUUGAUUUGAUAGGGUUCGUUCUCUUCUCCCCUGCGGCUCUACAGUUUCUGCUCGCAUUGGAAUACGGCAAAAACAAUAAUUCAUGGGGAAGUGCGACUGUAAUUGGUCUGUUCAGCGGCGCUGCCGCCACGUUUAUCAUCUUUCUGCUCUGGGAGCAUCGCCAGGGAGAUCAAGCGAUGAUACCACUGAGGAUGGUUGCAAAAAUGCAGGUUUGGACUAGUUGCAUUGUCAUCAUGGCCAUUUUUGCCAUCACGCUCUGCAGCUCCUACUAUCUACCCGUCUAUUUCCAAGCUAUAAAAAACAACUCUCCAAUGAUGAGCGGUGUCUCAACGCUCCCCGGUAUAUUAUCUCAACUGUUUGUUGCAGUAGCAUCGGGUAUUUUGAUUGGGAAAAUGGGAUACUAUCUCCCGUGGACCAUUUUUGGUGGAAUUUCCACUUCUAUCGGCAGUGGACUCUUGUCAACCUUAAAUCCAGACACAAGCAUCGGGAAAUGGAUUGGAUAUCAAAUACUCUCUGGUGCAGGCCGAGGGGCUGCGUUUCAAACGCCCCUCAUUGCCGUUCAAAAUACUCUCCCUCAUACUCAAGUGUCAAUCGCUAUGUCGAUUCUUAUGUUCACUCAAACAUUUUCUGGUGCAAUUUUUCUCACUGCAGCAAGUGCGGUGUUUGACUCGGGGUUGAAGUCAUUUGUACCCAAGUACGCACCAAAAGUCGACCUCCAGACUAUAAUAUCAGCGGGCGCUACCGGCAUUCAAAAUGCGGUAUCUAGUAGCGACCUUUCCGGUGUCUUAGUGGCUUAUUCGAAAAGUAUUAGUUAUGUCUUCAUUAUGUCUGCUGCACUUGGUGUGCUCAUCGUGGUCUUUUCGUUUGGAAUGGGUUGGAAAGAUAUUCGAAGAGGAACGGCUGCCCCCGAAAAAUGA